AUGUCUAACCGUCUUGAUCGUUUCGAGCGUCGAAUACAGCGUCGACAUCGGCUUCAAAACAUUUUCCGACCUCGUCUCCGCGACCGUGCGAAUCCAUUUGAGGUGUACGAUGAAGAAGCAUUCAAGAGACGGUUUCACUUGGCAAAACGGACUGUAUUGUUUGUUUUUGAGCUUGUAAAAACCGAUCUUUCUGCUCCAGUCCGUCGUGGUGCCAGCAUUCCUCCUUUACACCAGGUCCUUAUCGCCUUGAAUUUUUACGCUACUGGAUCUUUUCAAAUCCCUGUCGGAGACAAUUUGACGGUUUGCCAGGCCACAGUGUCGAACGUGAUUAGGAGGGUGUCUCGAGCGAUUGCAAAAAUGUCUCGGCGAUUUAUCCGUUUUCCAACUCAUGCAGAAGCCCCACUAGUUCGAGAACAAUUUUUCCAGACGGGCGGAUUUCCUGGCGUAGUUGGCGCGAUUGACUGCACAUUAAUUAAAAUUAACUCACCUGGAGGGAAUGACGCAGAGUUGUACCGCUGCAGGAAGCAGUAUUUUGCCCUCAACGUACAAGCAAUUUGCGACGCCAAUUUAUGUUUUACAAACAUUGUUGCUCGCUGGUUUGGAUCGGCCCAUGAUGCUCGGAUAUUCGACAACUCUUUGGUCAAAGAACGAAUCAUCACUGGUCAAUCGCCUGGAAUGCUGCUUGGAGACGCUGGUUAUGGUUUGGACCACUACCUAAUGGUCCCGCUAAGGAACCCGGUCACGCCUGCUCAACGUCGGAAACGCUUAGAUUUAUUUGAAGCUGACAGGACAGAUCCAACAGAAAUGAUAGAACAAGAACCCAGUACAAACUCUACAAUACGAGGACGUGCCAAGCAGAGCGAAAUUAUACAAACACAUUUUACGAAUUAG